AUGAGGUCCCUGUUCCUGCUGUUCCUGGUGAGCAUCCUGUUUCCUGCCGUGCAGGCCAAGCAACUUACAAAGUGUGCCCUGUCCCACAAGCUGAGGGACCUUGCUGGCUAUGGGAACGUCACUCUGCCUGAAUGGAUCUGUAUCAUAUUUCAUAUCAGUGGUUAUGACACACAAGCCAUAGUAAAAAAUGAUGACAACACAGAGUACGGACUUUUCCAGAUAAGUGAUAAAGAUUUCUGUGAGAGCAGCCAGACCCUUCAGUCAAGGAACAUAUGUGACAUUUCAUGUGACAAGCUCCUGGAUGACGACCUUACUGAUGACAUCGUGUGUGCCAAGAAGAUCCUGGAUAUCAAAGGAAUUGACCACUGGCUAGCCCACAAACCACUCUGCUCCGAGAAGCUGGAGCAGUGGUCCUGCGAGGCACCGUGAGCGCCUGCUGUCUCUGCUGCUCCUGCCCUUGCCAGACACCCGGACCUCCUCUUCCCUCACACUACCUCAGCUUGCCUCUUCCCACCCCGAAGAUGAUUUGUCUCUGGCCCUGGGUCCCCUGGUGACACUGCUUGACUCUCGAGGACUGUUCUCUAAGGACGCGCGUCUGGUGCACUGGAUGUUGGACACUCACUCAGUGCCCCGAUGGCAC